AUGGAGAUUCACGGCGAUGGAACCCCGACGGCUGGUGCGGCGGAGCAUUAUCCCACAGGCUCAAUUGAUGGUGAUUCAAGUACUAGGGAUGUAACGCACUACACGCCGGGCCCUACCACCGGCCUGAAACAACACUGGAAGCCCACCGUAGACACUAAAAUCAUACCUGUACGCGGGCAACGUUUUAAAUCACUAUCUGAAGGGAUUGAAUUCUACAAGAACUACGGACGUGUUGGUGGUUUUGACAUUAGGCACAGCAGUGUUAAGCGAGAUCGGGCCGGGGCAAUUAUUCGGCGUUCUUUAGUUUGUAGCAGGCAAGGAGCGAAAGGAGGUGGUAGGAGGGUACCCACCGUAGUCGUCAAUGUUACUAGUAGUAGCAAUAAGCAACGCCGAAGAAGGGUUUCUAAUAGAGUCGGGUGCAAUGCCAAGCUUGGGUUGAAGGAAAAUAGUACUGGGGAGUUUGUGGUAACUAAAUUUGUCGAGGACCACACUCAUAGUCUGUGCUCUGAGGGUGCUAAAUUAUUUAUGUGGGGUAACAGGAAACUUAAUGUAGCCCAACAGGCAUUUUUAGCCAACUGUUUUAAAGCUAAUGUGGGCGCUUCUACAGGGAUGAGGUUAUGUAGGGAAGUAGCGGGUUCAUUUGAGAACGUUGGUGCAAUGUAUGUGGAGUUUCAUAAUUUUAAACGGGACUUGCAAGCGUAUGUGGAUGAAGUUGAUGGUGAGUUGAUUAUCGAAAGGUUCAAAACCAAGCUUGAAGUCUGUGACAGCUUCUUUUACGAUUACCAUCUCGACGAAGAAAAUCGACUUGCACGACUCUUUUGGGCCGACCCUAUUAGUAGGAGGAGUUUUUCCUGUUACGGUGACGUGAUUUCGUUUGAUGCCACGUACAGCACGAACAGGUACAACUUGGUGUUCAUACCAUUUACUGGAGUAGACAACCACAAACGAUGCAUCACUGUUGCUGCGGGGCUGCUCAAUAAAGAAGACGUGGAAUCGUAUAGUUGGCUAUUAGAAAGAUUCAUUCAUGCAAUGGGAAAUGCCCCCCUAUGUGUUGUCACCGAUCAUGACCCCGCUAUGAAGAUUGCUAUAAGACAGGUUUUACCCGGGUGCAGUCACCGUUAUUGCAUGUGGCACAUUAUGACGAAGGUUGGUGAAAAAGUCGGGCCUGAGUUAUCAAACAAUGAGGUAUUCCGCAAGAGUUUGAAUGAUAUUGUGUGGAGCGAAACAACCUCCACCGAUUCUCCCUUGAGUGGGUUGGUUCGCACCACAUCUCGGUCCGAAGCACAAAACAAUGUUUAUGGGAAAUUCACAAGCCUCCAUUCUAGUUUGGUAGAGUUCUACAUGCAGUUCGAAAGCGUUCUUGAAACACAACGCCACAAUCAAGCUAAACUGGAUACACAGUGCGAGGGGUCCUUGCCCGAUUUUAAGACUCCCUUGGCAUUAGAGCGGCGCGCCGCAGAUUUGUUCACACUAUCUACUUUUUACACUUUGCAGGAAGAGAUUGAAGCUGCCUGCUUUUAUUGCGAAGUUGUGGGCAUUCGUGAGGAUGGGGGGAAUAUUUAUUACACCAUCAAAGGGGAUGGCACCACUACGUACACUUAUGUUGUGGAUCGUUGGUGCAAACACCUAGGAUGCAAUGCUUGCAGAGGGCAGCAUGUUGAUGGUGCCCCUCCAAUAUCAGGUGCCACAGAACUGUGGUCUGAGAUAAACACGUGUGUCGGGAUGGUAGGUGAGAGCACGGUGCGCCAAGCUCGGAUGGUGCAGGUAUUGAAAGAGUUGAGAGAUGAAUUCGCGAGCGACUGCGAGAUCAUCGGGGCAGCAAAGAGCAACAGGGCCACGAUCGAGGCAUUCUGUGGAGUCCAGCCACCACCAUGUAUAACCAUUAAACCCCUGGCACAGGCAAAAAACAAAGGGAGUGGAAAACGUAUUAAGAGCAACCGGGAUAUAGCCAUAGAGAAGAGUGUCAAAGUCGGGCGAAAGUGUGGGGUGUGCGGUGAAUACGCCCGUCAUAAUGCUCGUAGUUGUCCUUCCAAGCAAAGGGUAGUUUAG